CUCGGGCAGAGCAGAGCAGAGCAGAGCAGAGCAGAGCAAGGGGCGCUCAGUCCGCUCAGUGCCCCGCUCAGUGCGCUGGCUGCGGGGAGUGAUUGAGUGGGUUGCGCCGGAAGAAUGGCUAACGCUCCUGAACCCCGUAUCCAUUCGGCCCAUCUUCAUGAGUACUGUCAGAAGAGAGGACUGAAGCUCGUCUACCGGGACGUCUCCAAAACCGGGCCCGAUCACAACUUGCAAUUUACCAUUCAGGUUAUCAUAGAGGGCAGAGAAUUUCCUGAAGCCUCAGGCUCGUCCAAGAAGAAAGCGAAAGAUGCUGCGGCCAAACUGGCCGUGAAGAUCCUCGAAAGGGAAAACCAGAUUGAGAGAUCUCUGACUUCUCCAGUGUCAAAAUCACAACCCUCAAACUCAACGAGCGAAAGCUCUUCGGCGUAUCACAAUUAUAUGGGCCUUGUGAAUCAGUGGGCCCAAGUGGAAGGAUUACAUUUAAAUAUAGAUUUCUCCCAUAAAUAUGAUGAGGUUUCUAAGCUACCGAGCUCUUCGUGUACAUUGACCAUUGGAAAAUAUCAGGCUAUUGGUCAUGGAAAAAAUAAACAAGAGGCAAAACAAAGAGCCGCUAAGGUUGUAUAUGAACAGAUGAAGUUGGAUAAAGCUUCAGUGGUGCCUUCACGCCUCAGUCGUCUGCCUCAGUUUGGGCAAUUAGGUGUUGGAGUCAGUGUCGAGAGCGGCCGUUCCACCUCUGAAUUUAGUGACUCUGGACCGCCCCAUCGAAAUGGGCUUUCAGGAGAUACUUCAGAAACAAGGACUGAGGAGCUAACCUUCACUGAUUCUUCUCUUCUGAAAAAUCCAAAUGUUCAACGGAAACCUAAAAGACCACUGGCAGCGAACUUCGUGCUGGGCAAGUCUGAGAACAAGUCUGGAAAUCGGUUUAGUGCGGAUAAACAUUUCAAUAGUACCUACGAUGACAUAUCAUUAAUCAACUCUGGUGGAUUUGGGAAAGUUUUCAAAGUGAGAUGUAUACUGGACGGUCAUCAUUAUGCCGUUAAACGUGUGAAGUUUGAUGAGGAGAGUGUUGUCCGGGAGGUGAAAGCUUUGGCAAAACUCAGUCACGUACAUAUUGUUCGCUAUUAUUCUUGCUGGGAAGGACUCGACUUCGAUCCCGAGAACAGCAACAGUAACUCAAGCUCAACCAGGUGCCUUUACAUCGUAAUGGAGCUCUGCGAAAAAGGGACACUAAGUAACUGGAUCGAUCAGAGAAGAAACAAGGAAUCGGACAAGGCUUUGUCUCUGAACAUUUUUCAGCAGAUAACGUCAGGAGUGGAAUAUAUUCAUUCCCAAAAAUUGAUUCACAGAGACCUCAAGCCAGCGAACAUCUUUGUCGUGGGUGAAAACAACAUUAAAAUUGGAGAUUUCGGCCUCGCAACUUCCCUGAAAACCACAGAGAAGACCAUUGGCAAGGGAACAGAGAGGUACAUGAGUCCAGAACAGUACCUCUCAUCCGCAUAUGGAACCGAAGUGGAUAUCUUUGCCCUGGGAUUAAUUCUUUUUGAACUUCUGCACAUCUGCUCCACGGCUUCUGAAGUUUAUAAGAUCUGGGGUAAAGUAAGAGUCUGCGAAUUUCCAGCUGAAUUUGUCCAACGGUAUCCUAAAGAGAAAAAACUGCUCCAGAAAUUACUCUCCCAAAAACCAGAGGACCGGCCCAAAGCAUCGGACAUAUUGACGUUUCUGAAGCAACUAACUGAAGAAAAAGUCAUCACCUAUGCACACUAUACACAUUAAGACUUUUACGUACGAGAAUAAGCUCUCGAGUUUGUAGUCGAAUACCAACGUUAUUAUUAUUAUUAUUAGUUGCAAAAUUAGAUUUACCUUAAAACCUCCAUAGCUCCCCGGCGAUCAGAUAAUGUAAGGAUUUUUUUUUUUUUUUUUUUUUUGCUGUUUUCGGCUUGCUACUUUUGGUGCGGGUGUAAGACGUUCGGACUGCCCCACGGCAAUACCCUACGAUACACCUGGCGUGCCUUGAAAAUGCGGGUGUAUCGGGAACAUUUUGUAUUAAGGAGUGCACUUUUCCACAGACUUACACGUAACUAGGUCUAGAACUAAGCCCCAGUGUGGUGACCGACCCUGAUGAGUAAGUAAAAAAUUACUCUGCAAAUCCCUCCCCGCUCACUUUUUCCAAUUCCUCACCCUUUGUCUCUAGCGACGUUUUUUCUCCCGCUCCCCGACCCUGAACUCUCCCUUUCUCCCUGGGCACGGUUUGCCGGCCCUUAAAUGUGCUCCAACGUUAUUCCUGUUUUUUAAACCAACCGUAAAGACAUCUGCGGCCGACACGGCCCCUCUCCUCUCCACCUGUGGUCCCGCCGCCAAAUUAGAGCCGCAGAAAUCGGGACAAAGAUGGAGCAACGGCAGAGUGAGUGCUCUGGGGUGGUUAUAAUCUGAGGUACCCUGGUCCUGACGUGUAACUGAAUUGUAACUUAUCUGAACUCUAACUCCAUUUAAUUUCUCUGAGGCUUUUAAUGGAGAAUGCUGAAUACAGAAAAACGUUUAGCUUUUGGGGAAUUCUUUAUUGAUUUUUCACAGGCUACGUUCGGGACAGAAAAUGUCCCUCAUUUAUCCCAGCUAAUGCUAUCGAUCUGAAAUUUCACUUACGAUAGUUAACAUCAGAAUUCCCCAAAUGUCCCACAGAUUACCCCUUCCCCUUAGUUAAAAUCUAUGCCGGGAGAGGGAUGCUGAUAUUUCUGGUUUUUAAAAAAUCCUCUGCAACUCCCGAGGGGGUUGAGUGUUUGGAAAAUAUUUAGUAUUUAUUUGUGAGAUUAGUUAAAAUACGUUUUAAACCAGGAUCCAACUGAAGAGCUGUAGUGUGGGUUAAGAAAAAAAUAAUUGUAAAACUUCUAUAUGGAUUAAGGAAACUUUAAAAUAGAUGCUUUUCAAAUCAUAAGGUGAAAAUGCAACCCAGUGCCAGUGAUUUUAUUGUUACCUGUGUAAUUGAUAAAUACGGACAAUAAAUAUAUAAAUAAUAUAUUUUACUUACUGCCAAUCGAAAGAAAAUGGUAGAAAACCUUGGUAGAAAACAAAUGUGGUGAAAUAACUUUUUAGCGUAAUAAAAACUGAAAGCCUUUUUAUGGG